AUGUCAGAGAAGAAAUCCAGACCCUCAGAUGCACGUCCCAAAAACCUGCGUAGCUGGAGUGUGGACAGUUACAUCCGCAGCGUUAAAAAGCGCUCACGUGGUCCUCGCCAUGAUGCCCCUGCAAGAGGAGGAGAGGAUGGAGAUGUGCCAGAUGAGCAGAACAUCCGCUCAACUUCCUGUCCCCAGAGACGGAGGGAGAGGAAGUGCAGCUGCACGGCAAUCGGAGAUGGAGACAUCGACUCCGUGUGCAGAAAAGCACUGUCUCGCCGAUCUCUCAGACAAAAGUUCCAGGAUGCAGUGGGGCAGUGUCUCCCUCUCCGUGGCCACCAUCAUCACCACCACCAUCAUCAUCACCAUCAUCACCAAAGUGGCUCGUCGCGACCGUUCUCAGUACUCCUGUGGUCUAAGCGCAAGAUUCAUGUGUCUGAGCUCAUGGAGGACAAGUGUCCCUUCUCGCCAAAGUCCGAACUGGCACAGUGUUGGCACCUUAUCAAGAAGCAUGGCACACAUCAGAACACAUCAUUAGUCCUAGAGGAUCAAAAAAGCAGAAGGUUGUCCCCAUCCACUUCGACUUUUAUUUCUUGGGAGGAAGUUAGUUCUAAUGGUGCGUCCAGCUUGACUGACUGGGACACAUCCUUUAUUCAUGGAGAGCCCCAGUGUUGCACACAUGCCAACUACAUUUUAGUGCCUGAUCUUCUUCAAAUCAACAACAACCCUUGUUAUUGGGGUGUCCUAAACCGCUUUGAGGCUGAGCAGCUCCUUGAAGGCCAGCCUGAAGGCACUUUCCUGCUACGAGACUCUGCCCAGGAUGACUACCUGUUCUCAGUCAGCUUCAGGCGCUACAGCCGUUCUCUGCACGCCCGCAUAGAGCAGAGUGGCAAGCGCUUCAGCUUCGACUGCCGCGAUCCCUGUAUGUACAGAGACGUGAGUGUCACAGGCCUGCUGAAGCACUACAGCGAUCCAGCCACAUGCCUGUUCUUUGAGCCACUUCUGUCUCGCCCCCUGCCCAGGAACUUCCCCUUUUCCCUGCAGCACCUGUGCAGGGCGUUAAUCUGUAGCUGCACUACGUAUCAGGGCAUUGAGACUUUGCCCCUGCCUCACACACUCAGGGAUUACCUCAGGCAAUACCACUUCAAAUGUGACGGGGCUUGUGAUGUGUGA